UGCAUUGUGCGUCACAAGCUUAUCCUACAUUCUCUCAGUCGAAGUUGGAUACGCACACAUUAUCCGGCGGAUAUUAAUCAUACGGGAAGCUUCACGGGCCUCGCCGGAUGUAAGUAGUGCUUAUUUUAGUGGAGUUCCGUCUCCAAUGCUACCGAAAAUCGGCCGGCUUGUUGCAGUAACAAGGCAAACCUUUCAGGAUCUGAAUCCCAAAGACUCUGCUCUUCCCUAAACUCACAAGGACCAGGCUGCGAUAAGCCGACAAAGUUUGCGGCUCCGCGGAGAACGAGAAUGAUGAUUGUGGUGAUGGGCCUUGAUGCUUAUCCGGAAAGAAUAAUAUAAAUCUUCGUGUUCGCGGGGUAUAUCUUUCUCGUUUGUCGGAUCAAAUCUCAUUGGACAUUAAACCUCUCACUUCCCCUCUGUCCCUUGUUCGAGCUCACGUCUCGUAAACGUCCUAAACAGCAAUGGUUCUCCCGUCUGUUCCAUCUAGCCUACUCGGAGCUCCAGCAGGAAUUCCGCGAAGUGUUCUCUUGACAGCUACCGUAGCUGCCGCGGCAUGUUUGUCGAUCCCGCUUAUUCUACAGUCUAAAGGGGUCAAAAGUCAGCUCAGUAUACCCUCUCCGCGUAUAAAAACUCUUCCGGUAAUCUCGGAGAAGGAAAGCUUAGCCCUUCCAUAUCCUCUCGAUGCUCUACCUGGGGGUAGAGAUGUAGAGACACCAUAUGGUUCCAUACGAGUCUAUGAGUGGGGUCCCGAAGAUGGGGAAAAGGUUCUUUUCGUGCACGGCAUCAGCACACCCUGUAUAUCGUUAGGGGACCUCGGACAUGAGUUUGUUGGCAAAGGGUGCCGGGUCAUGCUCUUCGAUCUCUUUGGCCGCGGAUACUCAGAUGCGCCUAGUGACCUUGUUUACGAUGCGCGGCUUUACGUAACCCAGUUCCUGUUGGUCUUGGCAUCGUCUAAGUUAUCGUGGACAAACUUUAACCUUGUAGGAUACUCUCUCGGAGGAGGCCUUUGCGUCUUGUUCUCACGAUAUUUCCCACACCAAAUCAACUCGCUUAUACUAGUAGCGAGUUGCGGCUUAAUCCGACCGUAUCACGUUGGCUGGAAGAGUUGGCUACUCUACAGCUCAGGACUGCUCCCGGAUUUCCUAGUAAAGGUCUUAGUUCGGAGGAGAAUACGGCCGGAGAUCGCACAACCGCCUGGAGCCGCAGGUGGCACUGACAUCGCGUCCGCUGAGGUUAAGAAGUACCUACCAAGUGGAGACGGCGAUUCUAAUGGCGGUGCUCGAUUCGACAGCACCUCUAUCUCAAAGUUUCGGCCGGACACUACCGUAUCCUCAGUCGUGAGAUGGCAGGUCGAUCACCAUGAUGGGUUUGUCACGGCGUUUCUAAGCACCAUCCGAAACGCUCCUAUUUACGCUCCUCAACGAGACUGGAAAGCGUUAAACAAGAUCCUUGAGGGCAGAAGAGAGGACAGAAGAGAGUCGGCGCUUGCCAGAGAGGCCGCAUCCGCCUCGGGACUGCAUGCGGGGAAAAUCUUGAUGAUCCUCGGGGAGGACGAUCCUAUUGUGGUCAAGGAGGAGACGAUAGAGGAUGCCCAUAACGCUCUCGGAGCUGACGGGGUUGAAAUUUCCGUCCUACCUGGAGGUCAUGAAAUACAUAUAACGGCGAGCUCUCGCAUUGCAGACGCGGUGGAGGCCUUCUGGCGUAAAUACCCUGCCUAAGCAAUUAGGUGUUGAUAGAUAAUAACCAUAAACACCUAGACCAAGGUUGCCUUCUCCAGCACCAAGAACUGGAACGAUUGUUGGAUUCAGCUAACGAAUAUCUUGAGAGGGGUAGUUGUACAGGUCACGUUUCGAUCAUCCAUGCCUUAAGACUGCAGCUCUCCACAUACGUCUAGCCGUGGCCCUAAUAUAAUUCUGUUCUACUUUGGAAGAGAGCAAGAGAACUCCAAUUAUACCUAUGUAAGUUCGAUACGUAGACAUGUCCCUAUGACCAUGCAGUGACGUGUUAAGGGAUACCUAUUUGCCAAGUCUUUGCCUUCUUAUAUAGGCGCGAUCUCACUAAGCCUUAUCCUUAGGUAUAUAUUCGUAGGUCGUUCCAGUUGCUUCAAAAUCCAUAUACCGCUAUGCUGCAUGAGUAACGAAACUUGCAGCAAUCAUACCAGAAUGAUAUGUUCGUCUAGAAGCGAACUCGCUGGCUUUCCUCUUAUAUAGGACGCCAAGUUUACUGGCGCCGGCUUCUUGAGGUUUACUACCAAUCGUAUCAGGUUCCCAGGUAAUAGAUGGUGUGGGUGGUGUGGAUGGUAUGGAUAAGUUAGUGUGCCAAUGCGAAUACUACCUUAGGUGGGUAGGUAUGUA